GACAAGCUGGAUGGGAAGCAUUUGGCCCCCGAGGUCCAGGAGACGGGGAUAGUUGCCAUGGGCUCUCUGGUCAGCAAGCUGUGCCAGCAGAACCUGUGUGGGCUGCAGGAAGUGAAGCGUGGGGUGGAAACCAUCCUCAGGGGGUUAAGAGAUGCCAAGGAGGAGUCCAAGGUGGCCAUUUACCUGCUGGCCCUGGGGAACACGGCACUUCCUGAAACCAUCCCCACCCUCCUGGACCACGCCGAGGAGGGUCCUGCUGCUGUCACCACCGCAGCCAUCUCUGCCCUGCAGCGGAUCCCUACUCAGCACAUCUCCAGCAAGGUGAAACAAGCCAUGAGGAGGAUUCUCCAUGAGAAGAGGAAGAGCUAUGACAAAACCUGUCGCCUCGCUGCUGCAGAAAUCCUCCUAGAUAACGAGCCCUCACCCAUGGAUGUCAUCAACAUCUUGCUGGCUGCCAAUGAGAUGGAGACAGAAACAGCAACAUUUCUGCUGCUGAAGGUCCAAAGCAGCCUGCGUGCCGACCACCACCCAGCAAGGAAGAUAAUGAAAGGCAUCAUGAGAGACCCACGGAUAAAUAAUUACUACUUCUUCUCGAAAGCUGGCAUCUCCUCUUCUUUCUCAGGACCUCUGGCAGUCACCCAGGACCUGCUUUCCACCUUCAGGCUGGACCUGCUCUUUUUGGAAGGUGGAUUCCUGAGGAAGAGUGUCUCUGACUUCUCACUGCUCAGCCGUGGCCAGUGGCUUCAUGCAGCUCAGGUGACUAUUGAAGCACAAGGGAUGGAGUCGAUGCUGGGAGAAGACGUCUUGGAAGGGGAAGAGGAGCCGGAGCUCACGGCCGGGAUGUCGGCCGUCUUCUUCGACGUGCAGCUGCGGCCGGUCGUCUUCUUCCAGGGGUACACAGACUUAAUGGCCAAGGUCCUGCUAAGCAGUGGAGAACCUACCAGUGUGGUUAAAGGGAACCUCCUGCUGAUGGACCAUCACCAGGUCAUUCCUCUGCAGUCUGGUCUCCAAGUGGCCAUCAAACUCCAGGGUGGGCUAGGGCUUGACAUUUCAGCUGACAUGGAUGUGAGCAUUUGGGAGCAGGAACUGAAAACCAACAUCAACACGAGGGGAAGCCUCACCAUCGAUUUCCAGGCAGAAUUAGAUGCCCCUUUCCUCCAAGCCACCCUGAGAAGCCAGACAGAGGCAGAGACCUCAAUCCACUUUGACACCAUGCUGAGGUUUUCUGGCAGCCCGGUGCUCAUGUGCCUGCAGCUGAGAGAGGAGCAAGUCCCAUACAGAGAAAUCUUCACAGUUUCCAAGUCUGCUGGGAGCCAGAGCAGCACAGCUCGAAAAGGCAGGCAGGGCACCGUGCCCGGGAGGGAGUUUGCCUUGCACCAGGCCAACUCCAAGGUCUGCAACCACCUGCUGACAGCAGAAGAAUAA